AUGCUUGUUUUAUUUGAAACAUCUGCUGGCUAUGCCAUGUUUAAAUUACUUGAUGAAAAAAAAUUACAAGAAACUAAAAAUUUAUAUCUUGAUUUUGAAUCACCAGAAAAAGCUGCUAAUAUUUUAAAAUUAAUUCAUUUUGAAAAAUUUGAAGAUACAACACAAGCACUUGCUGCAGCAACAGCAACUGUUGAAGGAAAAAUUUCUAAACCAUUAAAAAAAUUACUUAAACGUCUUGUUGAUCCAGAUGUUCAAGAAAAAUUACUUGUUGCCGAUUCAACACUUGGCAAAGCUAUUAAAGAAAAAUUUAGUUUCGAUUGUAUAUGUAAUAGUUCUGUACAAGAUCUUAUGCGUGUUAUUCGUUCACAAGCUGAUAGUCUUAUACAAAUUGAUGAAAAAGAAUUAGCUGCUAUGCGUAUUGGUCUGGCACAUAGUUUAUCUCGAUAUAAAUUAAAAUUUUCUCCUGAUAAAGUUGAUACAAUGAUUGUUCAAGCUAUUUCUUUAUUGGAUGAUCUUGAUAAAGAAACAAAUAAUUAUAUAAUGCGUUGUAAAGAAUGGUAUGGUUGGCAUUUUCCUGAAUUAGCUAAAAUUAUACAAGAUAAUAUUGCUUUUUGUAAAACAGUACAAAGAAUUGGUUAUCGAACGAAUGCAGUUGAACUUGAUUUAUCUGAUAUUUUACCUUCUGAUAUUGAAGCACAAGUAAAAGAAGCUGCAGAAAUAUCUAUGGGUACUGAAAUAUCUGAAGAAGAUAUAACUAAUAUUCGUCAUUUAUGUUCUCAAGUUAUUGAAAUAUCCGAUUAUCGUGCACAAUUAUUUGAGUAUUUAAAAAAUCGAAUGAUGGCUGUUGCACCAAAUUUAACAGUAUUAGUUGGUGAACUUGUUGGUGCUCGACUUAUUGCGCAUGCCGGAUCAUUACUCAAUCUUGCUAAACAUCCAUCAUCAACCGUACAAAUAUUAGGUGCCGAAAAAGCUUUAUUUCGUGCAAUGAAAACUAAACAUGAUACACCAAAAUAUGGUUUAAUUUAUCAUGCAUCAUUAGUUGGUCAAACAUCAGCUAAACUUAAAGGUAAAGUUAGUCGUAUGUUAGCUGCUAAAGCUGCAUUAGCCAUACGAGUUGAUGCACUUGGUGAAGAUACACAAGCAACACUUGGUAUGGAACAACGUGCUGAUCUUGAACGAAAAUUUGCUUUACUUGAACAGAAUGCUUCCAAACGUAUAUCCGGUACCGGUAAAAUGCAAGCAAAAUUUGAAAAAUAUCAGAAAAAUACUGAGAAGGGUCAAUUUAAUCAAGAUCAAGCAUCAACAUUACCUCAAAAACGUCAUUCUGAUUUUGGUGGUCGAGGUGGUGCAAAUAAACGAUUUAAGAGUAACAAUAUGAAUAAAUCAUUCGUAGUUUAA